CGCCGCGUCGUCGUGCUGCGCGCGCUGACGUCACCGCUCGAUAAUGGCCGCCCGGCCCCGCGCCCCGCCAGCCGCCCCCCACGCUCCCGCGCGACGCCGCGACCCCGGCUCAGUCUCUCCUCGACCCGCUCACGAAGCGAGUGCCUUUCCUGCGCUGACACACCCGACACCCGGCAUCCGCGGAAACUAAUGUGAAUUCUAUGUGCCCGUGUAACAUGGUGACAGUGUUUUUUCUUAUCGGUUCAAUAAAUCUGUGACAAUUUACAAGAGAAACGAAGAAAACCGAUCUCUCGCGCUCCGCUCCACACACGGCGGCGAGAUGUCGGUUAUGCAGAAAAGGCAGCACUGCUACUUGUGCGACUUGCCACGCAUGCCGUGGGCAAUGUUGCACGAGUUCUCGGAGGCGGUCUGCCGAGGGUGCGUCAACUACGAGGGCGCGGACAGGAUCGAGGUGGUCCUGGAUUCGACGCGGCAGUUAAAGCGCGCCCAUGGCUUCCAGGAGGGUCGCGGCCCGACACAUGCCAAGGGUGCCCAUCGGGCACCUCUGGAGGCCCACCAAAAUGGAGCCGAGACGGCAGCUAGAGGACAACCAGCGCCGCCAGCUCACCAUGCGCCUACGACUGCAUUUACCCUACACCAUCCACGUCCGACGGCUAGCGCUGGCCUUCUGGCGGAAUAUGGUGGUCGCCGUGAGGAGCUAGAAGGUCGAAGGCUAGCGCACUUGCCGGCACACCACUUGCCGACGCACGGUGGCGCACGGCUAGCGCCUGGUCUUACAUUGAAGCGACAGUUGGACGACGACGACCACCAGAACCAUCACGAGCCCGCCAAGCGACUGCUCGAGGAGCAUGCUCGGCCGCCGCUAACUCGUGGCGAUUCCUUACCUGCGGUCUCUCUCGCAGCUCCGUUUGCCCCGGAUCGCGUUUUCAAACAAGAAAAACACCCUCACCGCACACCGUCUUUUGAUGCUUCAUCAUUCAAAUCAAACGGGUACGGAAACAGCGCGCCACUAACGAACGGUUCGGCGGGUUCUCCUCUCGGGCGCGCCGCCGGAUCCCCGCCCGUGACGGGCGCGGGCGCCGGGCCCUCGCCCAUGGCCGCGCUCAUGUCCGUGGCCGACACGCUGCCCCCGGGCUCCCCGCGGUCCGCCGGCGGCUCGCCCCCACAGCCUCCUCCACAGCGCUCCGCCAGCCGCUCCAGCCAACACUCACCCAACUCAUCAGGCUCGAACGGCGGGCGGCGGUCGUCGGGCUCGCGGCACGUGUCCUCGACGACGUCGGUGUCGUCGACGGAGGCGGGCGAGGGCGCGGACGCGGCGGCUCCCGCGCCUGCCCCGCUGCUCAAGUGCACGCUCUGCCAGGAACGCCUCGAGGACACACACUUCGUGCAGUGCCCCAGCCAGCCGCACCACAAGUUCUGCUUCCCCUGCUCCCGGGACUCCAUCAAGCGACAGCAAGGAUCUGAGGUAUACUGUCCAAGUGGAGAAAAGUGCCCAUUGGCAAACUCGACAGUUCCGUGGGCGUUCAUGCAGGGCGAGAUAGCGACGAUCCUCGGCGAGGAGUUUAAGCCGAAGAAAGAGAGGGAGACCUAGGGCCGCGUAGCGGCGCCCCGACUCUACCUCUUGUCCCUCCCGCUGUAGCGGGGGCGCUCCGCGGCACGCGGCCGGCCUGCCGGCUCCGCGGAGAGUGGCUAGGCCACACCCGACGAUACCACUGUUGUACAUAACGUUGUAAAUAGUCAAUUUUGUAAUUUAGGUCGGUCACCGCGAGCUGUCGAAGCCUAGAAGCUCGACGCGGCGGCGAAGAUGUGGGCCGUAUUCAGUGUAUUGGAUCCGUAUUCUCUUUAUUUAUUUAUUAAGAGUUUGUACGACUCGAAGGAGCUUUGGUAGAUUUUAAAGUAAUUUUAAUUCUACGAGUUGAUGGUGCAAUAUUCUGAAUAUAGUACAUAUCCGUUUGAAGGAUUUUUCGAGGAAGUAUAGUCUCCGGGGCGACUCGGGCGCACGUUCGCGCCGGCCCCGCGGGACCGGAGGUUUCUGCCGCUCCGAGCAGGAUUUCUUCGGAUGCCAUUUUCUUAGUUACCUUUAGGUCCGGAACCAUAGUGAACUUGGCAUUUAUUAAUGUGAUGAUUCUUAUUAUACUGUACGAGUAUUAUGCGAUAUACGAUCAUGACAUAUUGUAUGUAGUCGAAAGAGAUUGUAAAGGUAGUCCGAGAGACGGAAGUCCCCACUCCUCACUCUGUACAGUAAGCCCCUAGCUCCCUGUAUAUUUGUAUUUACCGCAUGCGAAUAUGCGAUAUAGCCUUCUUUUAUCUUUGACGCGAUUUAUUCAGAGUGGCUCGAGUUCCGUUACUGUCUUGCAUUCGAUGACAAAAUUCGGUCUGAUAAUGGAUUUACAGUUUGUUUGCGCGACACGGUCGCAGCAUUCUUUUCGAUUGGAUGAUCUUUCAAAAUUGUAGUUUUGGGCGUUCUGGCUCCUCGGAGCUUUCGUGUUUGAGUUGAUUAUUUUGUAAGGAUAAGUUACUUGUUCGGGGUGAGCCGGCGCGACGCGCGCGCCGCGCUGGCGUAGUAUUGCGGGAUCGCUUGGCAACGUUGGGAGCGUACCUAGUCAUUUUGUGAAAUGUCAAAUUGUCAGAACCGCGAACACGCGGCCGUUAUAGGAACUCUUAAAACUCGCUGCUAUAAUUGUAUAAAGUGAAGUAAUUAUCAUUGUAUGUCAUAAUGUUAAACAGGUCGUAGUGUAUGUCAAUUUCGAAGGCUAUCAGACGACAGCCAAUUAACGUUUACAAUCUUACGCAUUUUAAUUGUUCGAAUAGGUUCUAGCGAUUUAAUCGAGACUUGGUUUAGAGAAGUAACACCGUAAGGGAUCUAUUACAAUUUGGUGCCGAGGCUAACAUUUCAAGCGACGUUAAUACUUUUUUAAACGAAGGACAGAACCUCUUCAAGCUGCAUUCGUCUUAGUACAUUUCAAUUAAAUUGAUAUGUCAUUUAUUUAUUUUAGUCAUAUUUGUGUACAUAUACGUACGUUGUAUAUACUUUAUACUUGUAAAUAUAAUGUAGAUAGACGGAAUAGCCGCGAAGGAUCUUGAAGGCUUUCCAUCCAGUAUUACUAGGGACUGUCAGCCUUUUAGAUGUUUAAUUCUUCUUUGAAGGUUGCUUUGUCACGGGACGCUCACGUCCGGAACAGACUAAAAUCUUUUAUUAAUCGAUCAUUUGUUAACAGUUUGUGUAUUGUGAAGCUUAAUUUUCGGAACGCAUUAUCGUACGGGUACUGCACCCAUUUAUAUUACCGCAUAUUUUUAUUUUCAAUGACGUGGUUUGACAACGUAUUUGGUAUUUAACGUUUUACUAUUUUAAUAUGGCUUGGCGUUGUCAAACGACCUUAUUAACUGCUUAACGUCGUGUAUAUGAUAGAUUCGAAAUUGGUAAUAAUCUAGUAUUAUCAGUGAAAAAUGCCCGCGCGGGCUCAGCGUUUGAUUAGUUCUCGCCAGAAGGCAAGUUAUUGUAAGCACGAGUGUGCUUCUGUCGUCCAGUGGUGUACUAAAUGGAUGUCCAUCUUCCCAAACAACGCCUUUCUCACUAUUAUUAUUCAUUGUUUAAGUCAUACUGUCUUCCCGUUAAGUGAUUUAUUAUAAUUAGCAUUGUAAACGUUCAUUUUGAUUUGUAUUCGUUUAUAAGUAGUUUAACUUAUCAAUAAUCUUUAUCUAAUUAUAAAUUUCUGAGACUCUUGGCGUUUAUAUGGGAGUGUUUCUAGGUAUUUUGUUGUUAGUCUUAAAAUAAGUUUUUGCUACCUUAUGAAACACUCAUUUAGUACACUGGUGGAUCAUAGUCCGCCUGUACUGUACCCAUAGACUUGUUCGUAGAUGUCGUUCUGACACGGGAAUAUAAUUUACGAGACUCGUCUCUUUCUUACUGUAAGCAAGUGAAUGCUUUGAUUAAGAUGUUAAUAUACAUGUUGGUGAAAUACAAUUGAUGUGAUUUUGUA